AUGACAACUUUCUUGUCACUGGUGGAUACACGAGGUUACGAGGGCCAAAACCAGGAAUCACCAUUUCGAUGGAAAUCCAUCCAACACAACACAUAUCAUGCUCCAAAGCCAAGCGACAGAAGACCAUCAAUUCAAGAGGCAGAAGAGCAGUUGCCCAAGGAUGUGAGAGACGAUCUGGUUGUCCUGUAUUUUCGCAACGUGCAUCCAUUGUGUCCCGUCAUAGACGAAUACGAAUUUGCUUCGUGGUACUCGAAUUGCACAUCUGAUGAGGAGUUGUUCGGCCAUUGCGAGAUCGUACUCUUCCAGGCAAUGAUGUUCAUGGCAUUCGCGCAUCUGAGACAAGAGCAACUCAACAAGACACCGUAUUCAUCCAUUCCGCAUGGUCAAAAGACUUUGUUGAAUAAAGUCAAGGUCCUAUACGAUAAUGAUCCUUCAGGGGACCACGUCGUUCUGACCAAAGUUUGUCUCUUGCUGAGUUACUGGAGCCCCUACGACUCUGAUCUUUAUGUCAACAGCCACUGGGUUGGUCGUGCCUUUUUCCAUGCCAGGCAAGCACGGCUCUGGGACCCAGAUUGUGAUAGCGGUGCCAUGUUUUCCCGUCGCAAGUUAACUUGGUGGUGUUGCCGAGUACGCGAUCGACUCGUCGCGUUGGGGUUACGCAGACUUCAUCGACUCCAUGAGAAAAACUCCACUUGGCCAAUGGUGACAUCCGCCGAUUUUGGUGCAGAAGCAAUCUGUCCAAAGUACAUGCCGUUAAACUCCAAGAAAGUGAUGAUGGGGGCGUUCAUUUGGUUGUGUAAGCUCAGCGAACUCAUGGCAGAGAUUGGAGAAUUCCAGUUGAAGACUGGGUUUGACAGAGAGUGGCGAGGAAAACCAGAAGAAACAAACGCAAUUAUGCAAAGAAUUGUUCAAACGUCCAAAUUUGAAUCCCGGGUUAACGCUUGGGUCGUGGAAUUCGGCUUUGAAGAUUGUGAAAGAACCGACGAAGAGUAUAUUGGGAUGAGCAAAUUGCCGCUGAGGAAAUUGCAAAUUUUAAGUAGUUCACUAAUAGCAGCCCUAUAUCGACCAUACCUUCGAAAUAGCGAAUAUGACCAACCGCUAGAAAUCAGUUUCCGCGGUAUUGCCGUGACCAAAGUCAAAGAAGCAUCGGCGAGGACUGCAAGAUCCGUUCACAAAGCAUUCGCCGAAUCACCAAUAGAAGAAGUUCCUUUAGCGAUAUUUGCAUGGAUACAAUUCCCAGUGGCAGUCUGCCAGGUUGAUUACCAGUUCAAUGGAGGCGAUUCAUUGCUUUUUGGUGCAACCCAAAGAUCGACCAUCUUGGCUUCAAUGAAAAAACUCGGUGAACGUUUUUCUGGUGCCAAAGUUGCUUGUCAAACGAUAAAUGCUGUCAUGCAGAUAACUUCUGAGAGAAUCAAGCAAAAUACUCUGAAACUCGCGAACAGGUGUCGUUUCGAAGACGAUUCAGCGGAUGAUAGUAUACCUGUCCAGGAGAGCGAGGAGGAAGCAGACAUACUAGACUGCGUAGCUAGAAUUAUUGACUUGACAUUGGCACAAGCAACAGUCCGGAAUGGCCUAAUCAGAUGUUGUACUUUAGAUGAAGCUGUCCUGCUAUGA